AUGGCUGCUGAGUGCCUGCUCCCCUGGCCCCAGGAGGUGGUGACCUUCAAGGAUGUGGCUGUGGACUUCUCCAUAGAGGAGUGGGAGAUGCUGGACCCUGGUCAGAGGAAGCUCUAUAGAGAUGUGAUGCUAGAGACCUGUGGGAACCUGGCCUCUAUGGGAUAUCCAGCCCAGAGACCUUGUGAAAGUAUUAAAUGUGGAAAAGAUCUCAGCCAAAAUAUUCACCUUAUUCCACAUGAAAGAACUCAAAUGGAGGAGAGAAUUUCUGCAUAUGCAGAAAGUGGGAAAUCAUUUAAUCAUGGUAUGGCAAUUACCAUACAAAACAGAAUCAAUAUAGUGGAGAAACCCUAUGAAUGUCACCAGUGUGGGAAAGUAUUUAACCGGAGGCAUUCCCUGAGUGAGCAUCAGAGAAUUCACACAGGAGAGAGACCAUUUGAGUGUCAGGAAUGUGGGAGAGCCUUUACACACAGCUCAACCCUCACUCGGCAUUUGAGAACUCAUACUGGAGAGAAGCCUUAUGCAUGCCAUGAAUGUGGGAAAGCCUUCAACAGGAUUUCAUCUCUUACCCAGCAUCAGAGGAUCCACACAGGGGAAAAGCCCUAUCAAUGUGAAGACUGUGGGAAAUCCUUCUGCCAGAGUUCUUACCUGAUCUUGCACAAGAGAACGCACACAGGUGAGAAGCCCUAUGAGUGUAAUAAAUGUGGAAAAGCCUUCAGUGACCGUUCAUCUCUCAACCAACAUGAACGGACUCACACUGGCAAGAACCCCUAUGUGUGUAAUCAGUGUGGAAGGGCCUUCAGCCAGAGGUCUUCCCUUGUUCGGCAUGAGAGAAUCCACACUGGAGAGAAGCCAUAUCUCUGUAAUGAAUGUGGGAAAGCCUUCAGCCAGAGCUCCUCCCUUAUCACACACCAGAGAACUCACAAUAGUCAGAAAACCUAUAAAAUAAUUGAUUGUGGGAAAGCUUUCUACCAGAGCAGCCACCUUGAAUACCGUCCAAUCUGGGUCGGGGGCGGGCACGCUUCCUGCCCGAGUGAGGGUAGUUCUCUGGGGGCCUUCGCGCUGCUGCACGCCUUCCCCGCGGGCCCAAGUGUCAGGUCUCUGUGGCUCUCACCUUCCCGGGCCGCUGGGAGGACUCCCGGGAGAGCCCGGAGCCGGGAAGAGAUGGACUCGGUGGUCUUCGAGGAUGUGGCUGUGAACUUCACCCUGGAGGAGUGGGCUUUGCUGAAUUCUGCUCAGAAGGAGCUCUACAGAGACGUGAUGCUGGAGACCUUCAGAAACCUAGCCUCAGUGGGAAAAAUUUGGGAAGAACUCAGCAUUGAAGAUCAGUACACAUACCAGAGUAGACACCCGAGAAAUCAUGUGGUGGAAAGACUCCAUGAAAGUAAUGAUCAUUGUGGGGAAGGCUUCAGUCAGAUUCCAAAUCUUAACCUGUACCAGAAAACUCUUGCUGGAGUAAAACAGUAUGAAUACAGUGCAUACAAAAAAGCCUUCAUGCAUUGUUCACUCAAGAAUCACAGCACUGCUCGCACUGGACAUAAGCCGUAUCAGUGUCAGGACUGUGGGCAGGCCUACAGUUGUCAUUCACACCUAAGGACGCAUGUGAGAAUCCAUAAUGGAGAAAGGCCCUUUGUGUGUAAAUUAUGUGGAAAAACCUUUCCCCGUACUUCUUCCCUCAACCGGCAUAUCAGGAUUCAUACUGCUGAGAAAACCUACGAAUGUCAGCAAUGUGGGAAAGCCUUCAUUGAUUUUUCAAGUCUUACUAGUCACGUGAGAACUCACACUGGAGAGAAACCAUAUCAAUGUAAGGCGUGUGGGAAAGCUUUCAGCUACUCCUCAACUUUUCGAAGACACAUGAUAACACACACUGGAGAGAAGCCCUAUAAGUGUAUGGAAUGUGGGGAAGCCUUCAGCUACUCCUCAACUUUUCGAAGACACAUGAUAUCACAUACCGGGGAGACACCACAUAAAUGUAAGGAAUGUGGGGAAGCCUUCAGUUAUUCCUCAGCUUUUCGAAGGCACAUGAUAACACACACGGGAGAGAAGCCCUAUGAAUGUAAACAGUGUGGGAAAACCUUCAUUUAUCUUCAGUCCUUUCGAAGGCAUGAAAGGAUUCACACUGGAGAGAAGCCCUACGAAUGUAAGCAAUGUGGAAAAACCUUCAUCUAUCCCCAGUCAUUUCGAAGACAUGAAAGGACGCACGGUGGAGAAAAACCCUAUGAAUGUGACCAGUGUGGAAAAGCAUUCAGCCACCCAUCCUCCUUUCGAGGACACAUGAGGGUGCACACUGGAGAGAAACCUUACAAGUGCAGUCAGUGUGGGAAAACUUUCAACUGGCCCAUAUCCUUACGAAAACACUUGCGAACUCACACUAAAGAGAAACCCUAUGAAUGUAAACAGUGUGGAAGAGCCUUCAAUUUGUCUGCUUGCUUUCGAGAGCAUCAUGUGAGAACGCAUACUGCAGAGAAACCGUACGAAUGCAAGGAAUGUGGUAAAGUCUUCAAUUAUUACUGCCAACUUAAACGGCACAUGAGAACUCACACUGGAGAGAAACCCUACAAAUGCAAAGAAUGCGGGAAAGCUUUUACUGGCAUCUCACACUUCCGAGAACAUGUGCGAAUGCACACUGGAGAGAAGCCCUAUGAGUGUAAGCAGUGUGGCAAGGCUUUCAGCUGGUGCACUUACCUUCGGGAACACAUGCGAACACACAGUGGAGAAAAGCCCUAUGAAUGUAAGCAGUGUGGCAAAGCUUUCCCCUAUCUCAAAUCCCUGCAAGGACAUGUGAGGAUACACACAGGAGAGAAGCCUUAUGUGUGUAAUGAUUGUGGGAAAUCCUACAGUUGUCCUAAGUACUUCAGAAAACACGUGAAAACACACAGUGGAGUAAAGCCCUAUGAGUGUACAGAAUGCAGAAAAGCAUUCAUCACUUCUUCAUCCCUUCGAGAACACAUGAAAACACACAGUGAAGAGAAGCCUUAUCAGUGCCAGCAGUGUGGGAAAGCCUUCAGGUAUCCAAGAUCUUUGCAAGGACACAUGAUAACUCACAGUGAAGAGAAACCGUACGAAUGUCAGCAGUGUGAAAAAGCCUACAGGUGUCUCAUAUCCCUGCAGAGACACAUGAAGACGCACACUGGAGAAAAAUUCUGA